AUGUCACGCUGUUACGAGCUUGUUUUGUUUCGAUUUCGGGAACCAUGGUUACUGGUAGCUGGCAACUUGGGAUACGAGUCAGGGAGAUAUUGGCGUCGGACAUCAGUCAUGCGAUUGAAUCUCCGUGAUCGGCUCCGGUGCGAUGGUUCAGCCGAGAACUUGUGGCUCGACAUGCAGAAGGGCCCCAUUAUCGUCACUUGGCGGUCAUUUUUCUGCACCGACUACAUGUGCCACACUACACAGCCACAGGCUAUGUGCCACAACUGGUGGCGACCAGCCACAACUGUACAUAGGGGCUUCUGCCCACAUUAG